AUUUUAUUAUCUUUGUAGAUAAAACUUUAUCUCCAACCUUUAGUUGUACGAGCCUGCUUUGUUUUCGUUAUCAAUUUAUCUGGCAACAUAGUCGUAAAUUUUGUUUAAUUCUCCACAGCUUUUAUAAAAGUAAAACAAGAUGUACCCCUGUUUGUAUUGCAACAAAUAUUUUAACUCCGAAAAUGGAAUACGGAACCACAUAGAGACCAUCCACAGUGCGAGGAACAUCAAAUUCACCACUGUAAAGUUGUUCCAAAGUUCUGACAAUAACCCACCCACAAAUCUCAAUCAGAACAUCAAGACUUUACAUACCAACGUUACAUCCGUCACGAGCGAAUUGGGCCCGCAACUAUUUCAAACACCGACGAAUUUAAAACCGCAACCAGCUACAAAGGGUACAAAGCCCAAAACUGCGACUACAUAUCCCUGCUCAUUGUGCACAAAAGUAUUUCCAACCUCUGCGCAAUUGUUCCAACACAAAGAAGACAAGCACAAAAUCACGAGCUUCGAAUGCACGUCGUGCUCCCAAUUUUUUAAAGCCCUAAAAGAUUUGGAACAGCACAAAGCUUCGAAGCACGGAGACACAAAGCAGGACAAGGCGAAAAGCAAAAGCGCCUGUUUGCUGUGCUCGCAGGUGUUUAAAGAUGCGGUGGAUUUGGAGAAACACAAGGCCACGAUGCAUUGCAGCAUUCCUUCCACAAACCCGUCGGUUCUAGCGCAUCAAUUGAUCCAACUGGCGUCUUCGCAGUUGAUUCGAAACGACACGAAGCCGAAGAACGUUUGCAUAUUGUGUUCGCAGAGCUUCCAGGAGCCGGAACAUUUGGAGCAGCAUUCCAUCGCAAAGCACGGCGUUAGUUCCAUUGUGUUAAACAACGUGCACCAAAACCAGCUGCAUAAAGCGCGAUCUUUGUCGUCGCUUAACAAUAUCGGGUUCUGCCAAAAUGUUGUCACUGCGCCAGCUCAAACCAACAUCAUUCGAUGCAUUUAUUGCCCGAAAAAGUGCAAAACUCUGCUGCAAUUGGACCAGCAUAAUAACGAUGUUCAUAAGAACAAGAAUUACUUUCCCUGUCACUUCUGUGCUAAACCUUUCGAUGCCGAUCUGAAGAGAACUGGUCAUUUGAAGCAAGUUCACAACUUUGCUGUCCAGCAAUAAUAAGAGAUCGUGUAAAGCUCAUUUAUAGAAAUUAUUGGCAAGCACAAGAAUUUUUUCGUUUUAAAUGAGCUACGUAUUUUUUGAAAAUGUACCUAUACUUUAUAUUUCUAUGUAUUUGUUAGUUUUUAUGCGAUAAAAAUCUUUAUAUUCUUGUUAUUUCAUAUUUAAGUAACGAAGACUUCA